AUGGUGAAGAUCGCACGCGAGACCUAUGCCCGCUACUACGGGCCGACCAAGGGCGACAAGAUCAGGCUCGGCGAUACCUCGCUGAUCGGCGAGAUCGAGCACGACCACACCACCUACGGCGACGAGUGCUGGACCGGCGCCGGCCGCGUGAUGCGGGACGGCAUGUCCUACGACGCCCAUACCUCCGCAGCCGACGGCGCCAUCGACAUGCUGGUCGAGAACGCGACCGUCAUCGACCCCGUGCUCGGCCUCGUGAAGGCCGACAUCGGCAUCAAGGACGGCAAGAUCGCGGGCGUCGGCAAGGCCGGCAACCCCAACACGCAGGACGGGGUGGAUUCCAACCUGGUCUGCGGCCCCAACACCACCUACUACCCGGCCAGCGGUCUGAUCGUGACGCCGGGCGGUAUCGACGUCCACGUCCACUGGUUGUCGGCGGACCAGUGCAACCACGCGCUGGCGAGCGGGCUCACCACCAUGAUCGGCGGCACCAUGGGACCGCUCUUCGCCAUCGACUGCGGCGGCCCCUGGAACACCUACCGGAUGCUGGAGGCAUCGGAAGCGUGGCCGAUCAAUUUCGGCUUCUUCGGCCGCGGCUCGUCCCACGAUCCGGCGACCAUCGUCGAGCAUCUCGACGGCGCCAUCAUCGGCGUCAAGAUCCACGAGGACUACGGCGCCAUGCCGGCCACCAUCGAUGCCUGCCUGCGCGCCUCCGCCGAGUACGACUUCCCGGUCCAGAUCCACACGGACACGCUGAACGAGUCCGGCUUCUACGAAGACACCAUGGCGGCCAUCGCAGGCCGCACCAUCCACAUGUAUCACACGGAAGGCUCCGGCGGCGGCCACGCGCCGGACAUCAUCCGCUGCAACGGCGAGUCCCACUGCCUGCCGUCGUCGACCAACCCGACCAACCCCUACACGGUCAACGUCUUCGACGAGCAGCUCGACAUGACCAUGGCCUGCCACCUGCUGCGCUACGACCUGCCGGAGGAUGUGGCCUUUGCCGAGAGCCGGGUGCGCCACGGCACCAUCGCGGCCGAGGACGUGCUGCACGACAUCGGCGCCGUCUCGAUGUUCGGCUCUGACAGCCAGGGCAUGGGGCGGAUCAACGAGGUCAUCACGCGCUGCUGGCAGCUUGCGAGCAAGAUGCGCGACCAGCGCGGGCGGCUUCCCGAAGAGACCACCGCUGACGCCGACAACGAGCGCAUCAAGCGCUAUAUCGCGAAAUACACCAUCAACCCGGCGAUCGCCUUCGGCGUCGACCAAUACGUGGGCUCGCUCGAGCCCGGCAAGAUGGCCGAUCUCGUCACCUGGAAGCCCGCCUUCUUCGGCAUCAAGCCCUUCGGCGUCAUCAAGGGCGGCUUCGUCGCCUGGGGCCAGAGCGGCGAUCCCUCCGGCAGCUACUUCCAGACCGAGCCGGUCAUCAUGCGGCCCCAGUUCGGCCAUCACGGACGCGCGCCGGCGACGCUGAGCGCCGUCUUCGCGCAUCGGCGCGCGCUCGAUAUCGACGUGCCCGGCCGCAUCGGCCUCAGAAAGCCGAUCCUGCCGAUCGGGAGCUUCACCAAGCUCACCAAGAAGGACAUGCUGCACAACGACGCCUGCCCCGACAUCCGCGUCGACUCCCAGACCUUCGAGGUCUUCGUCGACGGGACGCUGGCGGCCUGCGAGCCGAUCGACAAGAUCACCCUCGGCCAGAACUACCUGCUGCGCUGA